AUGCUUGGGGUUCCUUCCAAAAUAUUUUUUCUCCUCUAUGUUGUGGAUAUCACAUCGAGUUUCAACAUAAAUUUAGAAAUAAAACGAGAACUGCCAUCAUCUGUUGCAUUAUCAGAAAUUAUUGAAGAAUUCUAUAUAAGAAACGCUUUAGAUUUAGACAUAAUAACGUGUUCAAAUGACGUUGAAGGUACAAACUUGAUUGUUGAAUUCAUAUUGAGAAAUAUUCAAGAAUCAAUCAGUUAUCGAAUUGAAGAUUGCAAGAAUCUCAAAGAUUCGACUAAAAGAAGAUUCGUGUUGAUAAUCAUGGACCAUCUUAACACCGACCUUAUGAUCGAAGAAUUGACACCGAAUCGGUUUGAUUACAGUGGAUUUUAUUUGAUUUAUUACAUCGAUAACCAAAGUGACAUUGACAUUCUACAUUAUUUGUUCAAAAAGUUGUCUGAUUUAUUCAUUUACAAUGUGAACGUCAUUUGUAACGAUUCAAGCGGCAUUCAACUCAGAACAUUUUUCUUCUUCAAUGAGAGAAGUUGCAACUCAACUGAUCCAGUUGUCAUUAACAAAUUCGAGAACAACCGAUGGACAUCGAAAGAUUUCUUUCCACGGAAAAUGAGAAAUCUGUUUUGA